UAACUUCAUUUAAAAUUAUAAUUGUUUUAUACACGACGUUGAACCUAGCUUGCACAUCUGUCACUUCACACCUAUAUUUCAGCAGUCAUAACACGUACACAAGUUGAAGAUAUCUUGUCUCAGAAAAGUCAGAACGCCUUAGCUGUCCACAAAGGAUCGAGAUUUCAAGUUGGAGGCCGAUGGCGAAGAUGGAUGUAGAAAUAAGGAUGGAUGGCAGGAAAGUUUUGUCCAGAGACGUCAAUGCGCCCUAAUACACAACAAUUUAAUUUCUCCAAGCUGCUAGCUACAUGCCAAAUACCAACUUGGAGUUGCAAGUCAUUAACGCUUUGCUUUCAUCUCAAUUUAUGAAAAAGACUCUCAAUUCAUGAUUCUUAUUAAAUGGAGAGGAUAAGCUUAUCAUGGUUCAACCCAUGAACAAACCACGGCAGGCAGAAAUCCCAAUUUGCUUUCGAGGACAGGCCAGCUGAUUAUAAUUAAAUUCAGGCGAGUCCCACAAAAAAAAUUAAUAAUUUUUUAAACAUAACCGUCCUUUAAAAUGGUGCGUAGAAUUUUAUCAUUCUAAAAAUAAUUUUAUAAAAUUUAUAAUAUUAUUUUUACGUAAUUAUUUCUCCUAUAUAAAUGAACCAAGCCUUGAAAAAAAUGCAUCUACCUUCAGCUUGAUCAGCUCGAACUCUUUUUGUUUUUUUCGCUUACCUCUCGGAAAUGGAAACCGCGAAUGAGUCCUCGGUCCUGGAGCUUAUCCGGCAACACCUUCUCGGAGACUUCACCUCCACGGAUUCCUUUGUCAACAGUCUCAAUUUCAAUGCACCCAAAGCCAUCUGUUCUCACCCCGUCAAACAUGAAGCCGAAAGCCCCAUAUCCGAAUCCGAAUCCUACUGUCCCAUUUUCGACCAAAACUACCAUACAGGAACCGGUACUUUCAUUAUUAGCUCAACUCCAAAACACUUGCUUAAGAAAGUCAACCACCCCAAAUCACCCGAGUCAGCUGAAGGUUCGAUCAUGAAGGUGUCGGAUUGUGGUUAUCAGCAGCAGGGGAGGCAUUACAGGGGAGUUCGACGUAGACCGUGGGGUAAGUUCGCGGCGGAGAUCCGGGACCCGACCAGGAAUGGGAGGCGGGCUUGGCUGGGAACCUUUGACACUGAUGUUGAUGCUGCCAAGGCCUAUGAUUGCGCUGCCUUCAAGAUGAGGGGUCGUAAAGCCAUAUUGAAUUUUCCUCUGGAGGCCGGAGUGUCUACGCCAAAUACCUUUUCCGGCCGAAAGAGAAGGAGAGAGAACAUAUCGGUACUGAAGGUGCCGGAAUCUGAUGAGCUGGCGGUGGAGAGUUGGGUGUUUCCGGAUCAAGAAGAGGAGCUUGAUCAAGCUCCAGUACUGUCAUCGUCAUCUAAGAAACCAGUUACUGCCAGUUGUUAGUAUGUUAUUGGGCGUAUUUUGAUACAUCAUAUAUACACGUGCGUCGUGUGCGUGUGUGCUGGUAAUGGCCUAGCCGAUGAGUUUAGCUAGCUAGCUUCAAGAGAAAAACAAGGAAAAAAAGAAAAAGAAAAAGAAGUUGAAAUUGUACAUAGGUUUUAUCUGUAUGAAGGAUUGUGAAGUAUCUGAAAAACUUAUUUAAUAUGUUUUCAUGUUUAUUUUAUUUUAAUUUUUUUACAAUAAUUAUUCAA